AUGAUUUCUCGAGCUCAUCGGUCGACGAACGGCCCGCAGAAGGAUGAGCUGAUCCAUCAAGAUGAGGCAGGGCAUCGAACUUCUCACAAAACCGUGCCCAAAGUCGUGGAAUCUCAUCUGGGUGACUAUGACAUUUUACCAGCCAGAGAGAACACCCUUGACAGCGUGGGGGAGCCUCACACAUACUCGACUUUGAGAUGGUGGUACAUGGAAAUAGGAUGUUGUUUUCUCGCCGUUGCAAGUCUCGUCGCUCAGGCAAUCGUCCUGUGGCAGUACGAUGGCAAGCCGCAAGAUGCAUGGCCAAGCACGAUCCUGACCCUCAACGGUCUGAUCGCCAUUCUGUCUACCGUCUGCCGCGCGACCUUCAUGAUUGCUGUGGGUGCCAUUCUCAGCCAGGCGAAAUGGAAUCAUUUCUCUGGAAAGAAGGGUGGAUACCAUAGACUGGAUGACUUUACGUUGAUCGACGACGCCUCGAGAGGUUCAUGGGGUAGCUUGCAGUUGAUGUGGAGGUUCAAGGGAGCGCACAUUGCUUGCGUUGGAGCUGUGUUGACAAUGUUGUCCCUUGCUUUGGGCUUCUUCUCCCAGCAACUGAUCACUUUGAGGAUAGACCAGAGUUGGAGACGCAACUCUUCUAUUCGUCGCAUGAUCAUAACACUUUAUGUUUUCCCAGGGGACCCCCUAUCACCCACGAAACUUGCCAUGUACACCGGAUUCAUGUCUACGGAAGUCAACUUGCCGCAAGUGACCUGCCCCACUGGUAACUGCACUUGGCCCAUCGUUACGACCGUCGGUGUCUGCGGCUCCUGUGUCGACCUGUUGGUAUACACGUAG